CUGUGACUUUUGUGGCUGAUUUUCAUUGUUGUCAAUGUCAUCUUGUUGUGAAAUUCCCUCUUAUUUUGAAGUCUUUUUUGUCCCUUGUCUGUGUGCACUUUACUUUUCCCCUCUGUGAUUGUGUUUUGAUGUCUGUGGCUUUUGCACAUCCGUGCUUCAGUGGACUUAUUAACUGUGCUUACCUGUUCAAGUCUGUUUCCUGUGCCCAGUGGAUCUCGCGCCGGAGACUUUUUUGUCCCCCAUUUGAGGAUCCUCUGGAUUGUACUUAUUUUCUUACUUUCGUUUCUGUGAACUGUCGUCAAUAAAGACUUUCAUCAUAUCAGGACCUGGGCUGUGUUGGACCAAACCUUACAAGGUGUUCUCCAGUGAAAUAUCACAAAGCACAGCAAUGAGUAGAGAAUCCACUGAGCCAUCGACACAAAACAUGGAAACCGCUGAAAAUUACAGUGAUUCUGUAAUGUUCAUGGAUAUAUCAAACCCAGACAUGGAUCAGGUUGCUGUGAAAAACAACAGUAUGGGAAAUGGUGAGAGUAACACAUCGACCCAAUCAAGAUUCAUAUUAGAAUUUGAUUCCAUAAUGCAUCUUGGCAAUGGAGGCUUUGGUAGUGUCUUCAAGGCAAGAGAAAAACGGGUGGACACUUAUUAUGCUGUCAAGGUUGUCCAGUUUACAGGAAAAGCUUUGCGAGAGGUAAAGGCAUUGUCAGACCUCCAUCACCGCAACAUUGUACAAUACUUCAAUUGCUGGGAGCAGGAUUCAGACUACCAGGACGACAGUUCAGUGGAGAGUUCCACCUCUUCUGAGUCCGUCAGCCAUUCAUCACCAAUGUACCUAUACAUUAAGAUGGAAUUAUGUGACACCAGAACACUGGAAAGCUGGAUAAUGGAGAGGAAUGUAGAACAUCAGCAAGACUCCGAACGAAGAGAAGAAAGUCUAAACAUCGCUCAACAAAUAGUCAGUGGAGUCAAAUACAUUCAUUUCAAAAAACUCAUCCACAGGGACCUAAAGCCUUCCAACAUCAUGUUUGGACAAAAUAAAAAAGUAAAGAUUGUGGACUUUGGCCUAGUCACCACUGAGGCUGAUGACAAUGACAACCUGAUGGAGAGAACUAAUAAAACAGGAACCAUAUCCUACAUGGCUCCAGAACAACAUGGGAAAACUUAUGACCGAAAGGUGGACAUAUUCGCAUUGGGGCUUAUAUACCUUGAACUCCUUUGGAAAGUCUCCACUGGCUCUGAAAGAGCAGCCAUUUUCAUGGAUGCCAGACGAAAGAAGUUCCCUACACAGUUUACAUCAGAGUUUUUCCAAGAGGACCAUAUAAUCAAGUCAAUGUUGCAUGAGAAGCCAGGAGACCGACCUGAAGCUACUGACCUAAAAACGGAGCUUAAAAAUUUGUCUCGCAUACUCAGUGCCCAAAAAGCCACUGCAAGUUGUCCACUUGCCUGACUCAGUCGGACUACGGCUUUAGCUCGAUUAAAUGGGGUUGAUAACUAUCGGAGAUUUUGUGUCCCUGGCAGAACUAAGAAAAAUGAAAACAUGUUUCCUAUUUUUUACUUUUGUCACACUUACCUGACACCAAUAGGAACAUACAAAAAAUUAAUUUGAGAUGAAUCAUCAUUUUUAAUAUCUAAAAUGUGGCCUUAAAUGUAUGGUUUUUGCUAUAUUGCCUUUGUCCUUGGGCCAGAUUUUGAACAUGCACCCCCCUCUUAAUAUUGAAUUAAAACGUGUUAAAAUAUUAUCUUUAUAUACAAAAUACAUAUAAAUUCCUAGUUCACAGAAAUGUAUCAUGUGUUGUAAAAUAUAUUAGCAUUUUAUGUCUUUUUUGAUAAAAAAAAAAAGACACUUGUCCCUUGAGAGUACUGUCAUUUCCACCUUGCGUUGCAAAAUGUAUGGUAGAAAACACAAAGUUUCAGAAGAGAACUCUACUGCUCAAAAACCCUGGUAGUUCAGCAGUUUGAUAGAAAAAUGUGUAAUUUCCAUCACAAAUGUUUAAUAUAACCUUUGUUUUUAAAACAUUUAAUUAAAUGUCACGCACAGACAGGGCCGGCUCUUGGCAUAGGCGAUAUAGGCGGUCGCCUAGAGCGCCAUCUGCCGCGAGGCGCCCCUCCAGCAAAAAAAAAAAAAAAAAAAAAAAAAUUUUAAAACAAUGAAAAUAAAAAUGAUUUUCUAUUCCCAGUUGCCCUACCUGAGAUCCACCAUGUCUCAAGAGCGGUUAAAUGGACUUGCACUGAUGAGCAUCAACCGUGAAGUGUCUAGGCAGGUGUCAUUU